AAUCAGUUUCCAUCCUUCAUGAGUGAUGUGUCCGAUAUCGUGCAAAUUUCAGUGACUUGUCAACUCAUGUGCGUGAGUGCAGUUCCGCUUAAUUUCGGAUCAAUUACAUUAGAGUGUGACUAGUUCCUUGUUUUGAUAAGGAAAAUGAGACACACCAUAUGGACUCUGCAUCUACUGGGGUUCAUUGGCCUAUCCUUGGGUCAGGACCUGAUACCCACCUUGCCCAUAACUUUUCCAGAAUCAAAUUCUCCACAAUGCACAAAAGACAGCUUAUUGUUGGAACAAGCAUAUCAAGAAAAACUCUACUGGGCCAUGAAAAUGUAUGAUGCAUCAGUGAAAUCACCUGUGGGUUUCAUUUCUGGCUCAAUACUGCAGUUCGGCGAUUUCAAUGAAUGCAUGACAGUUAGUGAGCCAAUCAGGUCCCAGUUCUGUGUGGUGACGCUAGUCCUUCUCAUAGAUCCGUCAUACAACCAAACUGAUCCCUACACCAACGAUUACAGACCUGAUGAUUCUAUUUGGGAGGUUAUCAAUGACAGAGGAGUAGAUACGAAACAAAUGAGAAAUAUUGUCCAUAUUUCACUCUGUGUACCUGAGAACUGCAAUGAGAAUGUAAUCAAAUACGAAAUGAAUAAAUAUCUGGCGACUCAGAACCUGAGUGUUCCAAUGAUAGCCACAUUUUUGCCAAAUGCGUGUACCCAUCAAGAUGAAUAUUCUCUGGAAACUCUCGAUUUAAUAUUUUGCUCUCUCUGUGCACUGCUUAUAGCAUUGGUCAUUUUAGCAACACUUUAUCAUGUGAAAUUCCAGGACACAUCAAAGAUGGAUAAAGGUAACUUCCUGAUGUGUUUCUCUAUGAGAAACACUUACAGAACAUUCAUGACCCCAACUCCUCUAAUGAAUGGCCUGGACUUGAAUCGCAUUACUGGACUGUACCUCAUUUCAACAUUCACUGUUGUCUUGGGUCAUCGGCUUGGCAUGUUCAUGGUGGGGGCAAUGGUCAACUACGAUCUUCUAGAAAAGAUUUUCAGAGUACCAAAGUAUUCCAUGUGGGCAAGUCAUGUCUCAAUUGUAGUGGACAAUUUUUUCACUUUAAGUGGCUUCCUAGUCGGAAUGAUGGUUCCUAACUACAUGGAAAAGCCUAAGCCAAAUUUACUUUUGCUUUGCCUCAACAGAUAUAUAAGGCUCAUGCCUGUAUUCGCCCUAGUCACGUUCUUCUAUGCAACAAUGCUGAGAUUCACAGGAGACGGUGUCUUAUGGAAUUUUGCCAUCAAAGUUGAAACAGCCAACUGCAGAGACAACUGGUGGACCAAUUUGUUGUUCAUCAAUAACUAUGUCAACACCGGAAGUUCCUGCAUAGUACAGGCAUGGUAUCUUCCUUGUGACUUCCAUAUGUUUCUACUAGUCACUGUAAUCUUCUAUUUCACAAGAACGAAGCCAAAAAUCUUCCAGACUUUAAUUGUAGCUCUCAUAGCUUUGUCUUUGUUCGCUCAUUUCUACGGUACAUAUGCCUGGAAUCUUACCCCGUACCUUCUCUUCUUCAAAAGAAUGUGGGAUGACAUGCGAAACCAUGAAUAUUUCAAGCAAUUCUACAUAAAAACUCACUUCAGAGCCACUCCAUACUUUGUAGGAUUCUUAGCUGGAUAUACUUUCUACAUGAGAAAGCCAUCAACUAUGUCUGCGGCAAGAACAUACUCACUAAUGACUUGCGGCCUUCUGACUCUUUGCAUCACUUACUGGUCAGGAAGUUUAUUCAGUGAGCCGGAAAACCGGAGACUGGGAUUCUAUUCAGCUUUCUACUCGACUGCAGCCACCGCAAUGUGGGCGGUUGGCUAUCUCAUGAUAAUUGCCGUUGUCAUCAUUGGUGCAGACAAUCCAUUACAGAAAUUCUUCUCCUCAAAGAUAUUUGUUCCGGUUGGUAAAUUGAGCUACAACAUCUACAUAAUCCAUAUGUAUGUCCAGAUGCAUUCCACAUUGACUAAAAGAGCUCCAUCGUAUCUAACAAUGACUGAACUGGUUGGAAAAACGAUUGCCGACAUAAUAUACUCGUCACUGAUAGGACUAUUCUUGUAUUUUUUUGUUGAAAAUCCUUGUCGAAGCCUAGCGAAAUAUUUACUUUUUGGCAGAUCCAGAACAAAGUCAAAUAAUCCAGUUUGAUAAUUAUAAUUGGACAAGUAGUAUCUGUAAUGAUCAAACUAUUCAUGUUGCAAUAAGUAAAUGAUUUACAUUUUUGUUUGUUAUACUUGGCCAUCUUUCUUCAUCUCUUAUCAUCAAUAUAAAAAAAGUAUUUGCUGAUAGCAUAGCAUAGAUGUUCUUGUGAGUCUUUCGGCAGCAGAGGCUAGAGUUUGUCAAUUCUGCCCAGCCCUACUACCGAAUCCCCCACCCUGGGCCCCACUAGGGCCGCAGGCUGGCUGAAUAGGGCUGCGACGGGUUUCUUCCAGAAGGUCUCUGGGACGAUUCUGCAAAUAGCAAA